AUGCGGUCUUAUUUAGCAGAACGGUAUGUUGAUGAUUUAUCGUGCUGCUUAUGGUUGUUCCGGCUAGACGAGGCCCUUGUCAGUGCUUUCGUAGAGCGAUGGCGUCCGGAGACGCACACGUUCCAUAUGCCGUUCGGAGAGUGCACCAUCACACUCCAGGACGUGGCAUACCAGCUGGGUUUGCCAGUGGACGGCCGUUACGUGAGCGGGUGCUUGUCCGAGUUCCAUAUAUACAUCGAGGGUGGCCGUCCAGCCUGGGUCUGGUUCCAGGAGUUGCUCGGAGUUAUACCUCUUCCCAGUCAGGUUCAGAAGUACGCAGUGAACUGCAGCUGGUUUCAGGAGACUUUCGGUGAGUGCCCUGAGGAUGCAGAUGAUGAGACUAUGCGCCGAUAUGUCCGUGCGUACAUCAUGAUGUUGUUGGGCACGCAGCUGUUUGCGGACAAGUCAGGGAACCGGAUUCACAUCAGAUGGCUUCCGUACGUAGCUAGACUGGAGGAGCUGGGUACAUACAGCUGGGGUUCUGCCACACUGGCUUGGUUGUACCGGUGCAUGUGCCGAGUGGCGAACAGACAUGUUGUCAAUUGCCCUGACAAGGGUGAGUUCCUUUUGCAGUUUCUAUGGAUGCCGUAUAGUACUCCCGACGUACUUCAGGUUGUGCAUCCAGAGGUGUUGGAGCCUAGGCAUAUGGCGUUGUGGCGCUCUGUGACGGCGCUGAUCUACUUUGCUGUGAUAGAGUGGCAUCAGAUAGAUCGUGUUCUUCCGCAGUUUGGUGGGGUUCAGCCCAUUCCGCAUCCCGCCCUGAACAUUGACUUUUUGAUGUCCAAGGACGGUAGAGGCGGCGAUCGAUGGUUCCCGUCUACUUUGCAGAGGUGGCAUCUCCUUUGGGACUCUCGUCAGGACAGUGUGCUGAGGUUCGACGUUGUAGGCGACCCCGGACCUUCGCAUGCGUUCCUUGACUGGUGGCGUCAGCAUGGGAAGAGGUUCUUGUCUCCGGAGUCGCAGUUGGGGGAUCCUAGAGCAGUUCCUAUUCCAUUAGAGGCCUCAUAG